CAGUCGCACCACCACAUCUGCUAUCUGGACUUGAAUGAGCUUCCCGAUGAGAGAUCCAGUUAUUCAAGGAUCCAGUAUGGCAUAUCAUCCGUUUUUACCUCACCGGGGUCCAGAAUUUGCAAUGAGUGCAAUGCUGGGUCACCAGCCGCCUUUUUUCCCGGCACUGGCAUUGCCACAUAACGGCUCCCUGUCUCUGCCCGGAGCGCUGGGUAAGCCAAUAAUGGAGCAGCUGAUGGGCGCAGCAGAAACCGGCCUUCACUUUUCAUCACUGGGACACCAAGCCGCCAGUGCGCAUCUUCGGCCUCUGAAGACACUUGAGCCCGAGGAGGAAGUUGAAGACGACCCGAAAGUUCACCUGGAAGCCAAGGAACUAUGGGAGCUUUUUCACAAGCGUGGCACAGAAAUGGUCAUCACAAAAUCAGGAAGGCGAAUGUUCCCUCCGUUUAAAGUCAGAUGCACGGGCUUGGACAAGAAAGCCAAAUAUAUUCUGUUGAUGGAUAUAGUUGCGGCUGACGACUGUAGGUAUAAAUUUCACAACUCUCGCUGGAUGGUGGCAGGGAAGGCUGACCCCGAAAUGCCAAAACGGAUGUACAUUCACCCCGACAGUCCGGCCACUGGCGAGCAAUGGAUGUCUAAAGUCGUCAACUUUCACAAACUUAAGCUGACAAAUAACAUCUCCGAUAAGCAUGGUUUUACGAUCCUAAACUCCAUGCACAAAUACCAGCCAAGAUUUCACAUUGUGCGAGCCAACGACAUUCUGAAACUCCCCUAUAGCACGUUCAGGACCUACGUGUUUCCUGAAACAGAUUUCAUUGCUGUCACUGCCUACCAGAACGACAAGAUAACACAAUUGAAAAUUGAUCACAAUCCAUUUGCAAAAGGAUUCCGUGACACUGGAAAUGGGAGGCGUGAGAAAAGGAAACAACUGGCCCUGCAGUCCAUGCGUUCAUACGACGAGCAGCAGAAAAAAGAUCAUGGGACGUCAGACGACUCGUCUGGCGAACAGGCUUCUUUUAAAUGUUUUCGACAGGCUUCAUCUCCUGCAGUAUCAACUGCUGGCCAGAACAAUUUAAAAGAUUUUUGUGACAGUGAUGAAGACAGUGAAGACGAAGAAAAGGACGGAAAUUUGAAAGACGGGCCGGAUUCUAGUAAAAUUUCAACCACAACCGAAGACUCAAAGGACCCUGAUGUGAGUUUAAGCAAAAGUCUAUUUGUGGAAAGUGAGACUAUCGGUCGCAGAGCUGAAAAAUCUCGGGCCCCAAGUCCUAUAACGCUCAUAUCCAGCACCACCCGGUCUGGUGAGGAGCUCAAAAGUCCAGGCCGGGGCCAGGCUAAAACAGACGACUGCCGGACAGUGAGCAAAGAAAAUUACAUGCCAUUGACUGUCCAAACAGAUGGCACCACGCACUUAAAUCACAGCCACUUACACAAUUUCGGAUUUCCUCCGGGUAUGGCCGGGCAACAGUUCUUCAAUCACUUGGGUGGUGCCCAUCCUUUCCUCUUACACCCGAGUCAGUUCAAUAUGGGAGGCGCUUUCUCAAACAUGGCCGCUGGGAUGGGCCCUAUACUGGCAGCCGUUUCCUCCGGUGGGGUCAAUUCACUGGACACAAGCAGCAUGGCAUCACCGACACAAAACCUGAGCGGGCCGCCGCUGCCGUUUCAUCUGCAGCAACACGUGCUGGCGUCGCAGGGUUUGGCUGUGUCUCCGUUCGGAGGUCUCUUCUCUUAUCCUUAUACAUAUAUGGCCGCCGCGGCAGCUGCUUCCUCCGCCGCCGCCGCCUCCUCUUCAGUCCACCGCCAUCCUUUUCUAAACGCGGUGCGGCCUCGGUUAAGGUACAGCCCGUACACUUUACCGAACAUCCCGGACAGCACUUUGCUCACAACGGCGAUCCCACCCAUGGCGACCGGUGCCGUCGAUUUGAAGGGAGACAGAACGGCCGCGAGUCCCGGUUCCGCUGUCCUUGACUGUGAGGUCACCAGCCGCUCGUCGGGUUCGGUAUCACUGUCACCGAAAACCUGCAUUGAGAAAGACUCCAGCAGCGAGUUACAGAGCAUCCAGCGCCUGGUCAGUGGACUCGAGGCCACACAGGACAGGCCACGCAGCGUGUCUCCGUGAAGUGAGCGAAUGAUGAAGACAUUAAUACAGAUUGCGUACGAAGAAUAAAGUUUACAGUACGGACCUACAUCGAAAAAAAGAGUUUAGUCUUAAAUGCACUUUGGAAAUACAAAAAUAAACACAACAUGUAUGUUUCUCUUCUGUUAAAUGAAAAGAGUAUCUUUGAAUAUUUUCCAAAUCUUUGAAUACCAUAGAAGUAUUGAACAGUUUGGCAAGGAUGUCAGAUACUGAAUUAAGGCUGCUGCGCUCCUUUAUAUUAGCCUAUGCCCAAGGGUAACUGAUUUAACUUCAUAUGCCUUCAAUGGUGAUUUGUUAUGUCUUUAUCGAGAAACGCCGAAGUGUUUAAAAUUAAUAUUAAGAAAUUAAAUUAACUGGAAGCGUCUAGGCCUAUGCAUGACCAAGAUCAGACUAGAGCAUUACGGCUGGUUUACUCUUUAAGGCCGACUUAUUCAAACCGCUUAAUCAGCCAGUAAACUGUAGGCAACAUUAAAUGUGACCGAGUUUUUUUUUUUACAUUUGAGUUGCCUAGAUGAUUCCUUUCACCUCGAAACGCAGAGUAGUUGAUAUAGUUUUAUAAAUUGCAAAAUGCAAACAUCUUGAUCUCCGUUCCAAGUUGCCCGCAAUAGUGAAUUAAUUAGUGGAUUAAUUAUUUGAUUAUAGGGAACCAGGCGCGGUACGAAAAUUAUCACCUUAAGAGAUUUAUUUGAGACAAUUAGGAAAGGGAUCACAUGAAUAAAUGGGUCAUAAUUAACAGAAAUGUAAAUAAUGACAUAAAUAAAUAUAAAUAACAUAUUUAUGUAAAUAUUUCAUAGGAAUAUUGCUUGUAAAUAUAAAUAAGUUUCUUUGGUUGUGUGUUUGAGGGAGCUAAACUUAAUUUAUUGUGGAUAUACUGUGUGUGUGUGUGUGUGUGUGUGUGUGUGUGUGUGUGUGUGUGUGUGUGUGUGUGUGUGUGUGUGUGUGUGUGUGUGUGUGUGUGUUGUGAGCUAUUGUCCUUGUUUAUUACAUUUUCAUUAAUGUCCUCUUGUCUCUGGAUUGCACCCGUAACACCCACACAGUGCUGGAUUUUCUAGCGGACUCUGUCAUCAUGUGCCAUCUUUCGUUAACUCUUGUGUGUUUUAAUCCAGCACAUUAAAGGCACCAAUGGCCUAAAUAUAAUGACAAUUUUCUUUCACAGCAAUUAAAAUGCUUUAUUCAAAGUGUGUGUUUCAAUUUACAUUUUUUGUGACCCAUGAGCCUAAACUGCCAAAAAUAAAAAACGCCCCAAAAGCGUCUCAAAAUAAAGACUUUGCCGUUUAUGUC